GUGAAUUGUGUGAUUUUGCUUUCGCGAAUACAAUUUGUUCAAUUGAAAUUUUGUUCCACGCGUCGGAAGAGCAGAAUUUAUACUUAGUACCAAAUCGCUCCUCUCGAGGAUCGGCGGAUCAAUCGGAGAACAUAUAGAUUUCAUUAGAGUUUGUAGUCUAUGUACAACUAUUUAAGGAAAGAAGUUUUCAAGCAUAUCUUGGCUCAGAUGAUCUCAUCAAAUGGUGCGAAGCAUUAAUUAAAUGAAUCGCUUUCGUGACAAUCAGGCUCGACUAACAGCGCGAUGCGGCAAAUUGAAAGUCAUCAAGACGUUCCAAAAUCGGAGUUCUGGAUUAAUUUUUGCUCAACUGGAUGAAAUAAAUAUCAGAGAAUCGGUGUGCAGACCGCUUUAUCUCGACUCUGUGCCGGGUCCCAUAUGACGCAUGAGUUUGCAACCUGCACUCGCUUCCGCUAACUUGUCACUUUGUCAUUCCCCGAUUGAUCCUCGACGACGACGACCGUGAGGGGUCGGGUCGAUCCUCCGCCGUGUUUCGCCGUCUCCGUACUGUCUCUUCCAAUCGUCAGGAUAUGGGGCCCGUCGAGGCGUAUCGUUUCCUCGUCGAGGAAAUAGCAGAUCCGAGGGUGGCUGAAUGGCCUCUCAUGUCUGGUCCACUUCCCAUAACGUUGAUUGUUGGAGCAUAUCUUCUCUUUGUUCUCUUUUUAGGACCUCGAUUCAUGGCGAAUCGACAACCAUAUAAACUUCACAAUCUUAUGAUUUGUUACAAUGUCGUUAUUGCCGUGGCUAGCGGUGCUGUAUUUUAUGGGUUACUCACUUCAGGAUUUACAACGUCGUUGUCCUGGGGUUGUGAACCAGUGGAUUUUUCCUACAGUCCAGAACCACUUAGCAUGGCGAGGUGGGUGUGGCGAUUGCUGCUUCUGAAAAUUACGGAACUCGGAGACACUGUUAUCUUCGUUCUGAGGAAAAAGUACAGCCAGUGCACGUUCCUCCAUAUUUACCACCAUGCAGCUACAGCUGGCUUAGCCUGGAUAGCGUGUAAAUAUGCACCAGGAGGAAUGUGGACCUUCGCCAUGCUGCCUAACUGCCUGGUACAUGUGAUAAUGUACACAUACUACCUCCUAGCUGCCUUGGGUCCAACUAUACAGAAGAAGCUCAGUCCAUAUAAACCUUAUUUGACAAUGCUUCAAAUGAUGCAGUUCGUGAUUAUGGUCAUUCACACAACGCAAGCUCUGAUGCCGUCCUGUGAACCAAGUCGAAAGCCUCUAGCCUACCUUUACAUGUUCCAUGUACUUGUUGUCUUCUAUAUGUUCUGGGACUUCUAUAAAAAGGCCUAUUUGAGAAAAAAGUUUCUCUAGUAGAUUUUUAUUUUUCCACCAAGAAAGCUUGAGAUGCAGAUGAUGGAAACGACUUAAUUUUAGGUACUCCUGCAUUCCAGGAUAAAUCACAAAGUGCCAGUAUGAGGAUCUCACACGUCCUUCGAAGGAUUUUCAGGAUCUUUCACCAAAUCAGUAGAAAUGGUUUUUGAUUCAUCGCUGCGAGGGAAGACGUUUCAAUGUAAAAAGCGUUAUUUUGUACUUUCUGAACAGUAAAGUUAUCGAAACAGCAAGUUCACAUAACUUUGAUUUAUUAUAACUAAAUUCAUCAAUUCAAUGUAGUAAAAUACUAUAAAAUUCAUUUCUAAGAUACUACAAAUUAAUUCACUGUAAAAAUAUGUGCUGUUAGUUCAAAAAUAAGUAUCUGUGUU